CACAGCACAGAGCGGGGAACCGUCACAGGUUGCCAGUGGAAAGGGCCUCCCGCGGGUUCCCCUUCCGUUCUGCCCGGCGACUUCCGCUCCAGGCCCAGCAACAUGGACGCUUCAGCCCACCGGCCGGGUGGCCGCUGAACAGUCGCUGAAGCUCGCUGCCUUCAGCGCCGGCCGGCCCGUCUCCCCGCCCUCCCGUCCGGCGCUUGUGUCCCUGCGGCCGGCCGGCCCGGCCCUACAUGGGGGCGGGCCUCCGCAGCCCCGGCUUGGCUUCCUGUUCAGAGGCGGCCUGGCGCUAGGCGGCGGCCACUCUACCCGCGCCCGCCUCGGUGCGGUCACCGAGCCCGGGAGGAGGCUCCAGGGCCACAUCGCGGGCGGUUGUGCCAAGCCGGGCUGUGAGCCGCCAUGGCCCCAGUGCAGCUGGAAAACCACCAGCUGAUCCCUCCGGGCGGCGGCGGCAGCAGCGGCUCAGCGUCUGCCCCGGCUCCUCCGCCGCCGGGAGCUGCGGUAGCGGCGGCAGCUGCGGCCGCGGCUAGCCCUGGUUACCGGCUUAGCACACUCAUCGAAUUUCUGCUGCACCGGGCCUACUCGGAGCUCCUGGUGUUGACGGACUUAUUGCCAAGGAAAUCUGAUGUGGAAAGGAAAAUCGAAAUUGUACAGUUUGCUAGCCGGACACGUCAACUCUUCGUUCGAUUGUUAGCUUUAGUAAAAUGGGCUAAUGAUGCUGGCAAAGUAGAAAAGUGUGCGAUGAUCUCAAGCUUUUUAGAUCAGCAAGCUAUCUUGUUUGUGGACACCGCUGAUCGUCUGGCCUCCUUAGCUAGAGAUGCACUGGUCCACGCACGCCUGCCUAGUUUUGCUAUCCCGUAUGCCAUUGAUGUGCUGACUACUGGCUCUUAUCCACGACUUCCAACCUGCAUCAGAGAUAAAAUUAUUCCUCCAGACCCAAUUACCAAAAUUGAGAAACAAGCCACACUUCAUCAGCUCAAUCAGAUUCUUAGACAUAGGCUUGUCACAACAGAUCUUCCUCCACAGCUAGCAAAUCUUACAGUGGCAAAUGGCCGUGUGAAGUUCCGAGUUGAAGGAGAAUUUGAAGCAACUUUGACAGUAAUGGGUGAUGAUCCAGAAGUUCCAUGGCGCCUUCUCAAGCUUGAAAUUCUAGUUGAAGAUAAGGAAACAGGAGAUGGCCGAGCUUUGGUUCAUAGCAUGCAAAUCGACUUUAUCCAUCAGUUGGUGCAGUCUAGGCUUUUUGCUGAUGAGAAACCUCUCCAGGACAUGUACAACUGUCUACAUUGUUUCUGCUUGUCACUUCAAUUAGAAGUGCUACAUUCCCAGACUCUGAUGUUAAUCCGAGAGAGGUGGGGCGACUUGGUACAGGUGGAAAGAUAUCAUGCUGGAAAGUGCCUCUCUCUUUCAGUUUGGAAUCAACAGGUUCUAGGGAGAAAAACAGGCACAGCAUCUGUUCACAAAGUUACAAUUAAAAUCGAUGAGAAUGAUGUCUCCAAGCCUUUACAGAUUUUUCAUGAUCCUCCUUUGCCAGCUUCUGAUUCUAAAUUAGUAGAAAGAGCUAUGAAGAUUGACCACUUAUCAAUAGAAAAGCUUCUGAUUGACAGUGUACAUGCAAGAGCCCAUCAGAAGCUGCAGGAAAUGAAAGCCAUUCUUAGAAGCUUCAAUGCUAAUGAAAACUCUUCCAUAGAGACUGCACUUCCAGCUCUAAUUGUUCCCAUCUUGGAGCCCUGUGGUAAUUCAGAGUGCCUACACAUUUUUGUAGAUUUGCAUUCUGGAAUGUUCCAAUUGAUGCUUUAUGGACUUGACCAGGCCACUCUGGAGGACAUGGAAAAAUGUGUGAAUGAUGACAUGAAGCGGAUCAUCCCUUGGAUUCAGCAACUUAAGUUUUGGCUCGGACAACAGCGUUGCAAGCAAUCUAUAAAGCAUCUGCCUACAAUAACCACUGAAACAUUGCAGCUUUCCAACUAUUCAACGCAUCCCAUUGGAAACCUUUCUAAGAAUAAGCUGUUUAUUAAACUUACCCGCCUUCCACAAUACUACAUUGUUGUAGAAAUGCUUGAGGUUCCCAAUAAACCCACUCAGCUAUCAUACAAGUAUUACUUCAUGUCUGUGAGCACUGCAGAUCGUGAAGACAGCCCUGUGAUGGCACUGCUGCUACAGCAAUUCAAGGACAAUAUCCAGGACUUGAUUUCCUAUACAAAGACUCGGAAACAGACCAGAACUGGUACCAAGCACAAGUUGUCUGAUGACCCAUGUCCAGUAGAAUGCAAGAAAGCCAAACGAUCAGGAGAAAUGUGUGCCUUCAAUAAAGUUCUAGCUCAUUUUGUUGCUAUGUGCGACACUAACAUGCCAUUUGUAGGACUUCGAUUGGAGUUGUCCAACCUGGAGAUACCACAUCAGGGAGUGCAAGUAGAAGGUGAUGGCUUCAGCCAUGCAAUUCGCUUAUUAAAAAUUCCUCCCUGUAAGGGAGUAAGUGAAGAAACCCAAAAGGCCCUUGACCGCUCUCUUCUUGAUUGCACUUUCCGAUUACAAGGUAGAAAUAACCGCACAUGGGUGGCAGAAUUAGUAUUUGCAAAUUGUCCGCUUAAUGGCACUUCCACCAGGGAGCAAGGACCAUCCCGGCAUGUUUAUCUGACAUAUGAAAAUCUGUUGUCUGAACCUGUUGGUGGUAGAAAAGUAGUUGAAAUGUUUCUUAAUGAUUGGAGUAGCAUUGCCCGAUUAUAUGAGUGUGUGUUGGAAUUUGCACGUUCUCUACCAGAUAUACCUGCUCAUCUGAAUAUUUUCUCAGAAGUUCGUGUUUAUAAUUAUCGGAAACUUAUCUUGUGUUAUGGAACCACCAAAGGAAGCUCAAUUAGUAUCCAGUGGAAUUCCAUUCAUCAGAAAUUUCACAUUUCUUUGGGAACAGUUGGCCCAAACUCAGGUUGCAGUAACUGUCACAAUACCAUUCUCCAUCAACUUCAAGAAAUGUUCAACAAAACACCAAAUGUGGUUCAGUUAUUACAGGUGUUGUUUGAUACUCAGGCACCAUUAAAUGCCAUCAACAAACUCCCUACUGUGCCAAUGUUGGGCUUGACUCAGAGAACUAACACUGCCUACCAGUGUUUCUCUAUACUACCACAGUCAUCCACCCACAUCAGACUGGCCUUCAGGAACAUGUACUGCAUUGACAUAUACUGCCGUAGCCGAGGUGUUGUGGCAAUACGGGAUGGUGCCUAUAGUCUUUUUGAUAACAGCAAAUUAGUUGAAGGCUUCUAUCCUGCCCCAGGAUUAAAGACGUUCCUGAACAUGUUUGUUGACAGUAAUCAGGAUGCAAGGAGAAGAUCUGUAAAUGAAGAUGAUAACCCCCCAUCUCCUAUAGGAGGUGAUAUGAUGGACUCUUUAAUAUCACAGCUCCAGCCACCUCAGCAACAGCCAUUUCCAAAGCAGCCAGGGACUUCCGGCGCUUACCCUCUUACUUCACCCCCUGCAUCCUAUCACAACACAAUUAAUCAGUCCCCCUCUAUGAUACACACACAGUCUCCAGGAACCCUUGACCCUAGUUCUCCAUACACUAUGGUGUCACCAAGUGGACGAGCAGGAAACUGGCCUGGCUCUCCUCAAGUGUCUGGGCCCUCUCCAGCAGCCCGAUUGCCUGGAAUGUCACCAGCCAACCCAUCUCUACAUUCUCCUAUUCCAGAUGCUUCUCAUUCCCCUCGAGCUGGCACAAGUUCCCAGACAAUGCCAACCAACAUGCCUCCACCUCGCAAACUACCUCAGCGCUCCUGGGCAGCAUCCAUACCCACCAUCCUCACUCAUAGUGCCUUGAACAUCUUACUGCUACCCUCUCCAACACCAGGCCUUGUACCUGGCCUGGCAGGCAGUUACCUUUGUUCCCCACUUGAGAGAUUCCUUGGAUCUGUCAUCAUGAGACGACACCUUCAAAGAAUUAUUCAACAGGAAACGUUGCAGCUGAUUAAUUCCAACGAGCCUGGUGUAAUCAUGUUCAAGACAGAUGCCCUGAAAUGCAGAGUAGCCCUUAGUCCCAAAACCAACCAGACCCUACAGCUAAAAGUGACACCUGAAAACGCAGGGCAGUGGAAACCUGAUGAACUUCAAGUUUUGGAGAAAUUCUUCGAAACAAGAGUUGCAGGACCUCCAUUUAAAGCCAACACACUUAUAGCCUUCACUAAGCUAUUGGGAGCACCAACACACAUCCUCCGUGACUGUGUGCAUAUUAUGAAGUUGGAGCUGUUCCCAGACCAAGCAACACAGCUAAAAUGGAAUGUUCAGUUUUGCCUCACUAUCCCUCCCAGCGCACCACCAAUCGCACCUCCUGGGACACCAGCUGUGGUGCUGAAAUCUAAAAUGCUAUUUUUUCUUCAACUAACUCAGAAAACAUCAGUCCCUCCCCAAGAACCUGUUAGUAUAAUAGUUCCAAUCAUUUAUGACAUGGCUUCAGGUACCACCCAGCAGGCAGACAUUCCCAGACAGCAGAACUCUUCUGUUGCUGCGCCCAUGAUGGUCAGCAACAUUCUGAAGAGGUUUGCAGAGAUGAAUCCACCACGACAAGGUACAUGAGCGGUAGAUGGGAUUUUAUUGCAUAUAUGUUAUGAAAAUUCCUUUGAGAGAGCCCUCCUCCCCCUUCACUCCUCUUUUCCCUCCUUCCCUACUCUGCUCCCCAAUUCUAGUACUAGCGCUCUGUUGCCAUGGCCCUCUUAGUGUCUGCUUGUCGCUUUCUUUCUUUCUUACUGGUUCUUCAUUUUUGUCCAUUUCUCUGCUGCCUGGACUUCAUUUUUGUUAGCAAUUUACUAUUGGGACUGAGCCAGUUGCUAAUGCCAGAAGCUUGUAUUUAUAGCACACAUUGCCACAAAGCCCUAGGUUAGGAUGAUAGAUUUUCCGUGGCUGUGAAUUCCUGUCUUGCUAUCAGUACCUGCCACUCUGUACAUCACAAAGUUGAAAUGCAUGUUGGUUUCUCAUACUUCAUGGUUCAAUCAUGAAUAGAAUAUUAUUAAAAGUGUGUAUCUUCUAAAUGUUUUGUGAAGAAUAAAAGCUGAUACAAAUGGCA